UAUGCAGUCAAGUGCUAGUAAAGUACAGUAAAUAACUUCCACUUUGGAAUUAAAUAUUUAUAAAGCAAGUUAAAAAAUCUCAAUUAGCUCAACUAGAAAAAUACCAUCCACAAUGGAUCAUCCAAAUCUCCCUUUUGGCUUCGCUCUACCCGGUCAUGCACACCUGCCAAUACCGCCAACACCCAACUUAAUGUCCGGCCAUCCCGGACCAACAUCCAGUCCACCACAAAGCGUACCCGGCCGACGUACACCGCUUGGCGCUGUAGGACUUGGCGGUUUUUAUGCACAAGGACUUGGUAUGUCACAGCAAGGAACGAUGCCGACAGAUGAAAAUAAGCCCAGCCCAAGCGCACUUGCCGGGGGCGGUGGUGGUGGUAUGGGACAUGGGCGUAAAUCCCCACCGCAAUCAAUAGCGGGUGGCACAACAACUGUGGCAGCUGGCAAUGGCUCAAACGGUGGAGCUGGUGGCGGCAAGCAGAAAAAUCGACAAGCGAAGACGGUGCGCUUGAAUAUAAAUGCGAGGGAGCGUCGACGCAUGCACGAUUUGAACGAUGCAUUGGAUGAGCUACGCAGCGUAAUUCCCUAUGCGCACUCGCCUUCCGUGCGGAAGCUCUCAAAGAUCGCCACAUUAUUGUUAGCUAAAAAUUAUAUACUAAUGCAACAGAAUGCCUUGGAUGAGUUGAGACGACUCUUAGCUUACAUUCAGAGCACAAGUGGCGCAGCGCCAUUAGAUCUGGGCUCAUUUCCGGCCGCAGCGAAGCUGCAGGCGCUCUUACAGGGACCACACAACGAGCCACCGAGCAGCAGCUAAACCAACUUUUUAAACGAAGCAAUUAAUCAAGAAGAGAGUGCAAGAGAUAACAACAGCUUAGAGCAGCGAUCAGAGAGAGAGAGUGCCAAAACGUAAACGUGCGUAAAACGAGACUAGAAUUGAUUAGAAACGACUAACUACAAAUUUUAAUUUUAUUCGCGUUCAACGAGAAUCAAUUCUAAAUAAAAAUAUUUUUUUUU